AUGUCCAUCACAGGGGUUUUCUCGAAAGGCCGCCCGACCGGCCAUCCCGCGGCGACGGCCGUUCUCAAAUACCUGCCGCGUCCUCGGGUCCCCUGGCAGCCGAGCCGCUUCGCCCGCGAGCAUCUCGACCCGGCGGACCUGGCGAAGCUGUGGGGCCAAGGCCGCUACCGCAGCGGCCCCGGCAAUUUCAACAGCGGCUACGCCACCGAUCCCACCCACACCUUGGAGGACCGCGCCCUCUCGUUAAUCCCCAAACACGAGCUGGCGAAGUUCAUGCCGGAUAUCUCCCUGACCUCCAAAGCCCUCGUGACGCCGGUGUCGCUGAUGAGCGCGCGCCAUGGCCAUCGCAUCACGCACGACCUGCUCCACUCCUAUGACCCUUACGUGGGGCGGCUGCGGGGGCCUGCGAGCGUGGACCACGACAACAUCACCGUCGAGGACCCCAACCGCGUCGGCCUCAACGCCGCCACGCUGGAUUGCCGGGGCCGGAUUUAUCGCUGGCUCCGCCGCGGGCCUUUUUUCCAGGAGGACCAUUACUUCCGCCGCUCAACGCGGUUCGGGGACGGCGGGGAGGUCUCGAUCGCAACCCACGAGACCCCGUUGAUCGCCAAGAUCCUCCGGCUUGCCCGCCAGGGCCACUUGAAGGCCGCGGGGGAGGAAUACCGGCGAAUCACCGGGGUCCCGCCCGUGGAGGUCUACCGCGCGAUGACCGCCGCGUGCGUGAGUGGGGCCAAACUCGCCGACGCCAUCGCGAUCUUCGAGGAUGGGAAUUCGCGGCUUUUCUACAUCGCGCGGGAUGGGGAGGUCCUCUACAACGUCAUGCGCUGCGCCAUUCGCGCGCGGCAUCGGACGCGGGUGAUGUGGGUGUACAACGUGAUGCGGGGGCGGUAUUACGAGAACGUCUUGGCCCGCGCCCCAAUCGAUCCGAUCUGGCGGUUUCGCAUCGCGCUGAUGGCGAUGGAGUUUUUGUUGGAUACCCACACCCAGGCGGAGGCCCGGGCCGUGUAUGACUACCUUGCCGACGAGUCCGAGGAGAAGGACCGAUUGCUCGACGGCGAUGUGAAGAUUCGCCUCGGGCAGCUCAUGAAGGAGGCGUUGGCGGAGGGAAAGAGCGUGUCAAGGGGGCCGGAAAUUGUUAAACAACUGGCGCUCCUGCGGAAUGCGGAGGCCGUCGCCCCGCAGGUGGCGGCCACGCUAUACCAACGCUAUCAGAACGAACUGCGAGCGACGCAAAACGAGAAAUUGGAGGCGGAGGCGACGACCGAGUGGAUGUCCCGUACGGCACUCCCACGCCCCUCGGUUUCGCGUGCGGAGGACGCGAUAGCGUGGCUGCAAACGUACUUUCCCGACGUGGAUGCGAUGGCUAUCCUGCGCCUGGCACGCUUUAAGCAAAAUCGAAAAGACCUGAUGGCAAAAGACCGCCACGCCUACCUCCAGCGUGCGGCUGAGUGGAUUGAGCAGCUCAGCGGCGUCCAUCAAGGUCGUGAAGAGGUUCCCCUCCCGUACCUCCGCAAGUCCCGGCCUUCCAUGACCAAUCCCAACAUUCGGGUGGCGUGGCUCCCUGAACAAAAGCGGAAGACAACGCUUCUCACGGAUGGAAAGAACUUCCAAUUCUUUUACCGCCCUGACAUGCGGCUCGUUGAGGAGACCUUAGCCUUUAGGGGUGACUCCCUGCGCAGCCAGUUGUUAGCCCAGCAGCCAAUCCAACGCGAGAUCGCCGCCACGCGACCUGUUCGCGUUCUCCACACGUCCGUGUUGGGUAUUGAAAGCUUAGGCCAACAAGACUCGGGUGGUGGCCACGCGAAAGGCGUAAAAGGAAGUAGUGGAACGUUUCUGGGCAAGAACAACACCUCCGCAAUUGAUGGGAACAAUCUGUUCUGA